CCCCCACCACUCUCUACCGCUCUAGUAGAGAAAAACUCCAACGAUAACAUCCAAUGGCCCCAGUGACAAGAGCCCGUCGAAGAAAGGACUCGAUCCCUCUCGUCCUGGUCCUCAGUGACCCCAGAGGCUCCCGCCCCGCCCCAGAGCUCCCACUUCUCCAACCGGAGGACACGAUAACACCCGCCGCCACGCCCUCCAAGCCGGCAAAGAAAAAACCUGCUACAGAAGGCACAGACAAGCUCGCCAACGGCACCGUAGACCAGCCACCACCACCGCCAGAGGACAACCCAACUGAUCCCGCCGCUGCAGAUUCCAAAUCCGAUUCCGGCGACGAUGAUGACGACGAAGCGCCGGAAGCAGUGUCGCUAGACACCGGUCGGGAAGCCGCGAGAAAAGCGCAAGAUAAGGCAAAGCGCGCUGCGGAAGCGUAACCCCCUCCCUCCAAUUCAACGUGUGAAUAUGGGGGAAUAACUAACAAUGGAAACAGCCAGGCGGAGGCUGCUCGAAAAAAGCGAAAGGCCCGCGACGCAAAGCUGAAAGGACAGAAGGAAGAAGCGAACGAGCGGAAGAGGAAGCGGCGCAAGGCCAAUCCCGAGGGCGAGGAAGAAGAGGUGGUAGAUAACUCCAAGGCAUUAACCAUCGCCGAGAAAUCUGCGGAACCAUCGGUAGACGAGGCAAAUGUGACGAAUCCAUCCCCAUUAUCACCACUGCCGGCAGAGGAACAACUCAGGAAACCAACCCCCCCAACACUCCUCCCAGAAACACUCCUAGCACAAGUGGCAGCAGCAAAACGCCGCCGCCACCGGGAACAACCAGACUCGCACCCUAAACCCGAACACGAACCCGAGCAAAAGAAGCAAGUCAUCGGCACCGGAAUUGUUGGUCGCAACGCAGAACAAAAUCGCAGAAAUAAACAGCGGCAGAAGCUGAACAGAACGCUCAAAAAGGGCCCCGUCAGUGUUAAGGUGCUCAAGGACGAUACAAAGUCCAGGAAGAUACUGCCGCCUCCUGCGGCUAAGGUUGUCGGUAGUAUUAAGGAUUCUUGGCUGUUCGGGAGGAAGACUGGGGGGGCUGUGAGGAGGGAUGUAGUUACGGGGUUUGUGAGGAAGUAGCGGAAGUGGCGGGGUCCGCUGAAUUAAUCUAUGGAAAAGUUUUUCUCCUUGUGUUCUUGCUCAUAUUACGGGGUACGGUGCGUAUGCGGCGGCGUUAGUGGCCUGGGUGCGUGGAGGCAGCCGUGGGUCAUCGGAAAUCACUCACUGACUAUCAUGCUAAAAAAAACCAGUUCAAACCUUUGUAUCAUAAAUACGACGAGUCUAUAAAACGCUCAUCAUAGCACAAGUACUCUUAUAACAGUUGAUUCGAUCCACAAUAUUCACAUCCCAUGCCCAGCCAAUCCAAGACCAAAUCUAUAAUUCAGGUUAACUGCGAUGCCAAAUCUGGAUGCAAUACCAAACCAAACCCAAUCAAUCGGUAACAAUCUUUUCAACUUUUACAAGAAUAUAAAAUGAGGAAAGAAAAAAGCCAGCUCUUGCAAUCAUACAAUUCCCAAACCACCCCCGCCCCCCUUGUAAUAAAUAUACCCGGGACAGAUGGACAAAGCGUCUAGUGAUGGUGAUGUCCAAUCUGCGUUGCCAAGGGUAAUAACAUACCCACCACGGCGGCGAGCGUAUCUUUCAUGGUGGACUUUUGCCCGCCAUUGCCUGACUCGAGCUCGGACUGGCCUUGCAUGGUGUGCAUGGCGACAUACCUGACGAGUGUAUUCGAAUUAGACCAUCGGCUCAUCGUGACGUGAGAUGGGAGGAGGGGAGGGAGCAUACAAGAACGUUCCUCCACUAAACAGUAACAAGACUCCGGUCCACCACUGCAUUCCCUCGCCACUACCUUCGCCCAGUAAUCCGAGCAAGAUCCAAGUAACGACCGCACCCACCGGCGCCGCCAUCGAGAAUACGAUAAGGUGAGCCCUAGCCUGCCUCUUUCCCAAUCCCGCCCUCAGAAGGACAGCGCUGAGUCCGAAUGCCGCAGGAGCUUUGUGCAGCAUAAUGGCGAGGAACACAAUCGCCUCCAGCGCAGUGUUAGAGCUCGUCGAUGAAGCGCCCAGGGCAAUACCAUCGGCCGCAGCGUGGAUAACAAGACCGAGGGUCGUGGACGAAGUUUUGGAAUAUGGGUGUGAAGGGGAAGGACUAUCCAGCGGGGGCGACGAGGCAGAUAGGGAACGGAGGUUGUCGAUUUCUAUGUGGUAGGGUUGCGGAUUGUGCUUGUGUGCUUGGUGCGGGAGGACGUCGAUCAGAUACAUCAGGAUGAAGCCAGAGAUCAGUGAUAGGCCGACCCACUUGUGCGCGGUUUCGGUGGUGGUGGUGGAGUGCUCAUGUCCGCGCUCAUGCUCUGGGUCAGAGGAUUCGGCGUUGCGCUCAGAGUCGUGGUCGCGGCUGUGGUCGUGGCCGUGCGGUGGGGUGGUGACGGUAUGGGUUCUCGUGUCGGGGGCCUCUAUGGCUUCGGCGUCCCGGGAGUGGUGGUGGGGGAGGUUCGCUGCAUGCUCGGACCAGGGAGCGGCGGGGGCAGCAGCCCGUCCGCGCAGCAUUGGACCGGACGUGGGAGACAUUGCUGAUGGCGGAGCGAGCUUAGCGCUGUAUAUGGUGUCUAUACCUUCCGGUAUGAUGA